AUGGCGUCAGUGCUACUGCUCGGUGCCGUUGCGGUCAUGCUGCACCUAGCGUCUAUAUCAGCAGCACAACCUGACCACGGAUGCAAAACACAUUGCGGCAAUGUCGAGAUCCCCUAUCCAUUCGGCAUCGGCAUUGGCUGUGCCAUGGACCAAGGCUUUGAGCUCAACUGCAGCAGGUCCGUCGAUGGAAAUGACAAGCCAUUCCUUCUGCGACGGGAGAUUGUAAGCAUAUCGCUGUCCCGUGGUCAAUCCCGAGCUUUAUCGCGCAUCCCAUCAUAUUGCUACAAUCCUAGUACAGGAACAAUGGAUAGCAAAAUUUGGGAAUUUGAAUUAAGUUGGCCUUAUCGAUUCUCAAACGUGGACAACAACUUUGUUACCAUUGGUUGCAACACAAUUGGAUACAUCUACAAGACCAACGGCAUGACAAGGGAUGCAACAGGAUGUGUAUCGGUAUGUGGGAGCCCAGCAGACCUCACAAAUGGCUCGUGCGUUGGUGUUGGCUGCUGCCAAAAUGUUGUUCCCAAGGGUUUAAUGGGCUACAACGUCUAUUUCUACGAUGUGGAUUAUGUCAAUAAAACAAGAGAAACAAAUAGUUGGUACUUCAACCCGUGCAGCUAUGCCGGCUUGGUGGAAACUGAGGCGUUUAUCUUCAGUUCCGAUUAUGUAACAACCACAAGGUUCAAUGAUACCUACAACGGCCGCCAGCCGGUGGUGCUUGACUGGGUGAUUGGAAAUGCAACAUGUGAGGCGGCACGCACAAACAUGUCUUCCUAUGCGUGCCGUGGCGGAAACACCGUGUGUGUGGAUUCGUCCAAUGGCCCGGGGUAUCGUUGCAACUGCUCCAUCGGAUACCAAGGGAAUCCUUACCUCUCUGGCGGAUGCACAGAUGUCAAUGAAUGCCAGCGCAGUCCAAGCCCCUGCCCUGAGUCUGCAUCUUGCGAAAACACAGCUGGAGGUUACCAAUGUUCAUGUCCUUUCGGCAGCAAUUUUUCAAAUGAAACAAACACUUGCACCAACCGGUUUAUAGGAGUUGUUAUUGGACUAAGCUCUGGUAUUGGAGUUCUGUUUCUUGCGUCAAUUUCAGUUUUGUUGGUUCAAAAGUGGAAGAGAAGUACUAAAAAGCGAGUUCGGAAAGCACACUUCAGGAAAAAUAACGGCCUUCUCUUGGAGCAAUUGAACUCAUCCGAUGAAAGUGCCACACAUAGCAGCAAAAUAUUUUCCUUGGAUGAGUUGGAAAAGGCAACGGAUAAUUUUGACUCCACACGCAUUCUAGGCCUCGGAGCGCAUGGUACCGUUUACAAGGGAAUUUUAUCAGAUCAGCGUGUAGUGGCCAUAAAGAAAUCCAAAAUGGUCGAUCAAAUAGAGAUUGAUCAAUUCGUGAACGAGCUUGCCAUUCUGUCGCAAAUCCAUCAUCGAAACGUGGUAAAACUAUAUGGAUGCUGCCUUGAGUCGGAGGUGCCUUUGCUUGUGUACGAGUUCAUCUCCAGCGGCACGCUCUCUGAGCUUCUUCAUGGUGAUCAGCUGAGUGCUAGAAGCUUAUUAACCUGGCACGAUCGUAUUAGGAUUGCUAGCGAGGCGGCAAGCGCUCUUGCUUACCUCCAUUCCGCUGCUGCAACACCAAUCUUUCACAGGGAUGUAAAAUCUGACAAUAUACUCUUGACGGAUAACUUCACCGCAAAGGUUGCAGAUUUUGGUGCUUCACGAUCCAUUUCCAUCGACGAAACUUGUGUGGUCACGGCGGUGCAGGGUACAUUUGGAUACUUGGAUCCUGAAUAUUACCAUACAUGCCAGCUAACUGAGAAGAGCGAUGUUUACAGUUUUGGUGUGAUAAUCGCCGAGCUCCUAACUAGGAAGCAGCCAAUCUUCCUCAAUUCCAGGGGUGAAAAGCAGAACUUGUGCUACCACUUCGUUCGAAGGCUACAAGAUAACACUAUGAUGGAGAUCGUCGAUGUUCAAAUUCUCGAGGAAGGUAAUGAUAGACAGAUCAGUGAGGUGGCCGCCCUUGCGAGGGCAUGCUUGAAGCACAAAGGUGAGGAGAGGCCUACCAUGAAAGAAGUGGAGCAUAGGCUGCAGCUCCUGAGAGGCAAGAUGUCAAUGAAGAAAAACCAUGAGUUGGAGGUGGACAAUGAAGCGGGGCCAUUGUAA